ACAAAUAAAUGAAAAUUCCCACUACUUUCUCUCUCAUCAUCACUGCUUGUCUCACUCUCAUGACGACUCCUUUUUCAAACUUUUUUAAUCUCUUCUUUACUUUAUUUUUCACAGGCAUUCCCUGAGAAAAGCGAAUAAAAGCCUAGGGUUCCAACUUUUUCUCCAAUGAACCACAGAUUAUCAACAGUUUCUCCACAUUUUACUUCAUAAUUUUCCUUCUACUUCACGUUCACUUGCUCUAAGUUUUCAAUUUUGUAGCUCUGCUAAUUUAGUUGAUCUUUCGCACUUUUUUCCUUUUCUUUUCUUUUUGUUGGUGCAAUUCUUCUGGAUUUUGGAGGGAGUUGCUUUAUGGGAGAUUGUUGGAGUCAAAAAAGCGGAAAUGCCGUGAGUUCAUUUAUUGGGGUUAUGCUUUUUGGAAGACGUACAUGUGAAGCAAAUUGUAGUGUUUUAGUUUGAGUUCUUGCUAAUUUUCCAACUGGGAGCUGUUGAUUCCUAUCUUUAACUGUGUGAAGAAGGAAUAUUCUGGAUCUUUUUCGCUCUUGUUUACGCCACUUGUUUGCUCAGACUCUGUGGAUUCGCAAUUCGGAUCGCUUUUACCGACUUAUUGUAGCGGAAACUAAGUUAGAUUUAGGAAAUGCUUUGCAGAUAAUGAGAUGCCGCAGCGCCAUCUCGUUGCACAUUUUGGGUCGGAAUCUUUGAUCGCCUCUCUGCUUAGAGGCCGUCCGUAGCUGGAGCUUUGUAAUAUGGACAAAAUUCUAAGCUUUGUACCUGAUUUGGUCGUUGCGGUUGAGUUUAUUGUUUAUUAGCCUAUAUUUUUAGGGAUUUUAGGUGAUGGAGGAUAUUGGACUGUUCAAUCAAGGGUGGAAAUGGUUGCAAUCGAAGGACUGUUAUUCUGUAGCGAGGACUACCGCUAGCUGUUUAAGAGACAAGAUUGGGAUUUUCAAGGAGCGGCAUUGGCCGAUGGUUUGUUGCGGAUGCGCGAAAUUUGGCAGAGGUCUUCUGUUCUUGUUGGUCUAUUGGAAAAACUGCUCUAUUUCUGGAUUCCAGUCUUUUGUUGGGCUGGGAUCAGCGGCUCUACUUGUUAUUAUGUGGAGUUGCUUCCUGAGCUUGACAUCAAUGUCAUGUCUUCUAUAUGUGCUUCUUAGUAUGGGAGCGGCUGGGGCUGCUGUUCAGUAUUUAGGCUACACUCCUGGACUUUUUAUUGUGGGGCUGUUUGCCAUUCUAAUUUUAUGGAUGUAUGCUAACUUUUGGAUAACUGGUACCUUGUUUAUAGUUGGUGGCUAUCUGUUUUCAUUGAAUCAUGCGCGGUUGGUGGUAUUUAUGGCAACCUUGUAUUCUAUGUAUUGCGUCAAAAUCCAAGUAGGAUGGCUUGGAGUUUUUCUCGCAAUUAAUCUUGCUUUCCUAUCUAAUGAUGUGUUGAACUACAUGAUCAAGUGGUGUGAUAAUUUAAGUGAAAGCACACAUUUUGAAGAGCACAAAGAAGCUGAUUCAUUUACAGAAGAUGAUUUCUGCACUAAGUGUGAAUACCCUGCUCCUACUGAAGUAGAAACAGAAGAAGAAGAGAAGCUAAAAUCAUGUAAAUCAACCACUAAACCAGCUAGUCCUUCAUCAAUUGUUGAAAAGCCAAAAGAAGUUGCUUCUAAGGCUGUGGUUAGAGAAGACGGAAAUUCCCUGAUUGAGAUGGAGAGGAUUUUAAGUAGUGGCAAUCACUAUGAAGCCCUUGGGUUUCCCCGCCAUAAGAAGAUUGAUGUUGUAUUAUUGAAGAAGGAAUACCGUAAAAAGGCCAUGCUUGUGCACCCCGACAAAAAUAUGGGAAGUCCACUUGCAAGCGAAUCAUUUAAAAAACUUCAAUGUGCAUAUGAGGUUCUUUCUGAUGCUGUGAAGAAGAGGGACUAUGACGAGCAGCUCAAAAAAGAAGAAUCUAAGUAUGUUAUGCAGAAAUCAGCUAGCACUUCUUAUCAGACUACUGACUUUUGCUCCGAGGAGUCAAGGCGCAUACAGUGCACGAAGUGUGGCAAUUCUCAUAUUUGGGUUUGUACAAAUAGAACUAAGGCGAAAGCUAGAUGGUGUCAGGAUUGCUGCCAGUAUCAUCAAGCUAAAGAUGGCGAUGGAUGGGUUGAGAACAAGGGCUCACUUGUGUUUGAUCGGCUGCAAAAGGUGGAAAUACCUCGUGCAUUUGUGUGUGCUGAAAGCAAGAUUUUUGAUGUGUCGGAGUGGGCUACAUGCCAGGCAUGAAAAAUUUCAAAAUGCAUGGAAACAAGCAUCUUAUGUUGCUAACUUGGUGGGAGAUACAGGGAAUGUCUUGCAGACCAAACACCCACAGGCCAAGUUUCCACGUAAACAUGGUUGGAUUGGAGAAGUCAAGUCAGAGGUCAAACUCAAGCCGAUAUCCAUGGGAUUUGGAUGCUGAGAUGACGGAUGAAGAGGAUGAAUUUGAUAUAUGGCUCCAGCAAGCCCUUGCAUCUGGACUGUUUUGUGAAACUUCCAAACGUCGCAAAAGCUGGAGCCCCUUCAAACUGCCUCAGAAGAAAGGGAAAAACCAGUGGCGCAGAUCAUCUUAGAACACAAUUUUUGUUGACUUAAUUGCCAUCUAUCUUGCCCCGCCCCAGAGCUCUCUAACGCCGAGUGGAUCUGUUGAAUGCGGGCGUCGUGCCCACAAAGCUUCGAGCAGGUGAGAAUGUGGAGAGGGUGGAUGUUGAUCAUGAAUGUAAAUAACCGGGAUUCGUCGUCUAGUUUUUUUCCUAUGUUACACGUCAGUUUUUGCAGCAUUCUUGAGCUUUUAGAAUGAAAUUAGCGAGGAAUAGCAAAACUGGUUUGAUGCUGUUAGUGUACACAUUUGCUAACAAGUGAGCAGAUGCAAUAAAGAAUUAGCAAUAGCAUCUUGCCCGAUUGCUUUCUGUGUUAUCAAAAUUCAUUGAUUUUACAGUGAUGAAAUUCUUGAUUGUUUUCUCAA